GGUCCCACAAAAAACCACUCGAUGGACUGUCAUGUCCUCUUCCUUUCGUCCUUUGCUUCCCCUCCGCUCGUAAAUUUGGCGCUCUGUACAUUUUUUGUAACACUGUCCCUACCGCCCCUCUGAUCUGUUUGGCUCUCCACCAACGGUGGUGAUGGUGGAGGAAUUCUCAUUGGUGGCUUUCCCAGAUGCGUAUUUUAGAAAGAGAAAAGUUGUUAAGAUGUCAGGAUUGUUUUGUUGUUUUUUGCUUUUGAUGGCGUGUGAAAUGGGUAUAUCUAUGGAUGUAAUAGCGAAACCCUAUUUCGCUUUCUCCUUGCCGGUUUCUGCUGGUGUCGAUGAUGGAAAUACAUGAGAGUUGAGAGGAGUUUAAUUUUACAAGAAUAUGGAAGGGAGGAUGCAGAGAAGAUGUAUGAUGAAAUGUCUGACAAAGAAAGAAGGGAAAUUUUUUCUCAUGGGGUGGGCUAAAGUGGUUAUCUCUUUUAUGGGUUUAUUGAUUCCAUAAAUGGGUGGGUUUUAAGGUGAUGGAUUAGAUGAGUGGAGGGAAAUUGUUGGGUUUUGUUGAGAGAUUUUAUGAUGGAAUAUGGAAGGAGAGACCAGAAGGGUAAGAGAGUGACAGAAGAGAGUGAGCACACGCUGCAGCCAAAUGUAUGAAGAGCAUACCUCUGCGGGUGCGUGCUCACUUCUCUUUCUGUCAGCUUCCCCAGUAUUUUCCCUUCUGAUCUCUUCUUCUCUCUCUUCUACUCUCACUGCCCGCUGCUCGCUAAUCAAAGACCCUAUUCUAUACCAUGCCCCUUUCUUUCUUUCUUCUCUCUGGUUCACAUUGUCAGGGGCCAGAUGUCCUCUUGCUCCGUUCCUCUCUAUAAUGGGUACCCCCUCCAUUUUUCAUCCUCUGAUGGACAAAUGGAACAACAACACUGGCGGAGUUGAAGCGGCCUCUCUAAACAUCCAAGCGGUGCCACUGUAUUGUACAAUUUUCGCCAUCACACUCUUAAUUUGGUGUGAGACUGGACCGACUCGAGUGCUGAAUAUGGCAACAAUCUCUCGUUUUGGAUGCCUGAAGGUCCUGCCGUUUUCGAGUCCCAGAUAUGGAGCUUCCAAACCGGAAAAUUUCCCCAUUCAGCACUUGCUUGACGUUGGGAGGCAGCAGCCUGCUUAUUUUUCUCUUCACUUUAGAUUCGCUAUCAUAACCACCACCCCCACUGUCCGGUUGCGAGAACCACCAUGAAACAGAAGUGGCCAAAUACGAUUUCAGAAACCAGGGUGAAUGCAAUUGCAGAAGGUUCAGAAUCAAGCUGCAUCACUUGCCCAUUCCCUGCAAAUGGGUGCAGUAAGCAAGGAAGGAGUUUAACCUCAAAAUUCAAGGGUGUUGUGCCUCAACAAAACGGCCACUGGGGUGCUCAAAUUUACGCCAAUCAUCAGCGCAUUUGGCUUGGGACAUUCAAGUCAGAAAACGAGGCAGCCAUGGCUUAUGAUAGUGCAGCUAUCAGAAUCAGGAGUGGAGAUUGUCAUAGAAACUUUCCUUGGACCAAAGUCACAAUUGAAGAGCCAAACUUUCAGACACUUUACACUACAGAAGCUUUGCUUAAUAUGUUAAAGGACGGUUCUUACACAACCAAAUUUGCUGAGUAUUUGAGGGACCGUUCUGAAAGUGCACAAACAUCAGCCGGCCCCUCUGCUGCAAAUAUAAAUAACAAUGAAGGGACUAUUAAGCAACUUUUUCAAAAGGAGCUAACACCGAGCGAUGUUGGUAAGUUGAACAGAUUGGUCAUCCCAAAGAAAUAUGCUGUUAAAUACUUUCCUCACGUAUCAGCUAGCACAAUAGAAAACGUAGAACGUGUCGAUGACGAUCGUGAUGUGCAGCUGAUAUUUUUUGACAAAACAAUGAGACAAUGGAAAUUUCGAUACUGUUACUGGAAAAGCAGCCAGAGCUAUGUGUUCACACGUGGUUGGAAUCGAUUUGUGAAGGAAAAACAACUGAAAGCUAAUGACACAAUAGCUUUCUACUUGUGUGAAGCAGCAAAGACAAAUGAUGCUAAAACUACAUUCUGUGUGGUAGAUGUUAAAAAUCGUAAUGGUGCCAGCUCGGUCGAGAAUGAAGCUGAAGAAUUGUUAUCGCCUAAGAACAAAGACGAUGGACUAAAAGGCGAUGCUGAAGUUGAGGGGUUCAAAUUGUUUGGAGUGCAUAUUAAGUGAAAGAAGUAAGUUUUGCUAUUCCUUCCUCCUUCCAUCAUUCCUUUUCCAUUUUAAGUAGUUUGGUAGUGAUUAAACCCAUACCUUAAAAAAAAUCAUUUAAGGUUAUACUUGGGAGAUUCUUUUUGGAACCAUGCUACAAUUAAUACGGUCAUAAACUUCUGACCGAUAGUGCUCUGUUGUAGUUUCCACCCUCGUUACUUUUUGAAUGCAACAACUGCAGGGUGUAGAUUUGAACUUUCGACUUCAAGAAAAAUAGUAGAUAUCUUAACGAUUGACCACUCC